AUGAAUGAAGAUCCAACUUACAAUCCUAACAGUGCAGAAGAAAAAACUUUCUUUAUGCAGUUUGCGGACCAUAUAAUACUUAAACUGACAUUUGCCACUACAAAGAUUCAACAGUAUGAAAAUGUCUUCCUGUUCGAUGCGGCAUACAAUCUCUCUAAUGCAAUUAGAAUGACCGAGGAUCAUCUUGAUGCUUUCUCAUACCAGAGACUACAGCAGAGGCUCACCCUUCAGCUCAAACUUCUGAAAAAGCAUCUAGAAAAGAAAGAAGACAUUCAAAAGAACAUAGCAUACAUGAAGCUGAUAAGCUUUCUCAUCCCGUUUAUCAUUAAUUUAAAGAGAAAAAACAAAGUCCCAAACUUAAGCCGGCUUCUUCAGCCGUAUUCAGGGCUCAUGGCCCGGCCGAUGGACGGAAAGCUCUCUCCAUCUGCAGAUCUGCUACUAAAACAGAUGACUUCAUACGGUGCCUUCCUGCACAAGGGCUCAUUCUGCCGGAACUGGUUUAAUCUCCUGGAUCUGCUUGUUGUCAGUGUCUCACUCAUCUCUUUCGGCAUCCACUCCAGUGCCAUCUCUGUGGUGAAGAUCUUGCGGGUAUUAAGGGUACUCCGUCCUCUCCGAGCCAUCAACCGAGCCAAAGGGCUGAAGCACGUGGUACAAUGUGUGUUCGUAGCAAUCCGCACCAUUGGGAAUAUCAUGAUCGUCACCACCUUACUGCAGUUCAUGUUUGCUUGCAUUGGCGUUCAGCUAUUCAAGGGCAAAUUCUAUAGCUGCACAGAUGAGGCCAAGCAUACCCCAGUUGAGUGCAAAGGCACGUUCAUUGUGUACAAGGAUGGGGAUGUGGCUCACCCAAUGGUGCGUGAGCGCAUGUGGCUCAACAGUGACUUCAACUUUGACAAUGUGCUGUCGGGCAUGAUGGCUCUCUUUACUGUCUCCACUUUUGAGGGAUGGCCAGCGCUCUUGUACAAAGCUAUUGAUGCCAACGCAGAAAACCAAGGACCAAUAUACAAUUACCGGGUGGAGAUCUCCAUCUUCUUCAUUGUCUACAUCAUCAUCAUUGCCUUCUUCAUGAUGAAUAUCUUUGUGGGUUUUGUCAUCAUCACUUUCCGGGCCCAAGGAGAGCAGGAAUACAAAAACUGUGAGCUGGACAAGAACCAGCGGCAAUGUGUGGAAUAUGCCUUGAAGGCUCAACCCUUACAACGCUAUAUUCCAAAGAACAAAUACCAGUACAAAUUCUGGUAUAUGGUCAAUUCCACUUGUUUUGAAUACAUCAUGUUUGUACUGAUCCUGCUGAACACUAUUGCUUUGGCUGUACAGCACUAUGAACAAUCAGAGCCUUUUAAUAACGUGAUGGAUCUGCUCAAUAUGGUGUUCACAGGCCUCUUCACUGUUGAAAUGUUUCUGAAGAUUAUUGCCUUCAAACCCAAGGUUUGGGAGUUUUGCAAAAGUAAACACAUACCGUAA